UUACUAUGGCAGGAGUUCUGCACUUCACUCUGCUUUUAUUUCUACAUUGUGGAUCAUUUGUUUUCAUUUCCACCACUGUGGAUUCAGAUGCAGCUUUUACUCUCACAGGAAACAGCACUAAGGUUCCUACCACAGGAGUUUAUAGUAAGACAACAACUGAACCCCCCAAAACCACAGCAACGACUGACCAUCACACAGCAGACAGAGCAACUCCCAAAGAAGAAGAAGAAGAAGAAGAAGAAGGUCCUUUGGAGUUAGAAUGUCCUCCGCUGGGUCUGGAGUCACUGAGGGUCAAAGACACUCAACUGAGGGCGUCAUCCUACAAGCGCAGAGGUCUGGGUCCUCACCGAGGCCGACUCAACAUCCAGUCAGGGAUCGAGGAUGGAGAUAUCUAUGAUGGAGCCUGGUGUGCUCAGUAUAGAGACAAGAACCAGUGGCUGGAGGUCGACGCUCAACGGCCGACUCGCUUCACUGGGGUCAUUCUGCAGGGUCGGCAGUCCAUUUGGAGUUGGAACGUGGUGCAUACCUACAAGGUGCAGUUCAGUAACGACUCGGUGGUCUGGAAGCCGUGUAUGAACGGGACCGAAGAGGCUGUGUUUGAAGGGAACCCGGUUAAUUCAGAGAUACCUGUACUCUCCCUUUUCAACACUUCCACCGUAGCGCGUUACAUUCGCAUCAACCCACAGAGCUGGUACGAGAACGGGACACAGGGCGAUAUCUGCCUGAGAGCAGAGGUGUUGGGCUGCACAGUCCCAGAUCCUAAUAAUAUCUACCCUUGGCAGACAGAGGCGACAGAGACCAGAGACAAACUGGAUUUCAGACACCACAACUACAAGGAGAUGAGAAAGUUGAUGAAAUCAGUGAACGAGGCGUGUCCUGACAUCACCCGCAUCUACAGCAUCGGGAAGAGCUACAAGGGUCUGAAGCUCUACGUCAUGGAGAUCUCCGAUAACCCGGGAAAACACGAACUAGGAGAACCAGAGUUUCGGUAUGUCGCAGGGAUGCAUGGGAACGAGGUAGUGGGGAAGGAGAUCCUGCUCAAUCUGAUGCAGUACAUGUGCCAAGAGUACAAAGCAGGCAACCAGCGCAUCGUCCACCUGAUCAAAGAGACUCGUAUCCACCUUCUGCCCUCCAUGAACCCUGAUGGAUAUGAGUUGGCCUUUAAAAAGGGCUCGGAGAUGGCAGGUUGGGCCGCUGGACGUUACACCUAUGAAGGGAUUGACUUGAACCACAAUUUUGCUGACCUAAAUUCAGGGAUGUGGACCGCCAUCGAGCUGGAGACGGACCGCUCCAAACUCAUCAACCACUACUUUCCCAUCCCUGAGCAAUACACCUCAGAGGAUGCCUUUGUGGCGCCAGAAACUCGAGCUGUCAUCAACUGGAUGCAGAACAUCCCGUUUGUUUUAAGUGCCAACCUCCACGGUGGCGAGCUGGUGGUCACGUACCCGUACGACAUGACUCGGGACUGGGCGCCUCGCGAACACACACCCACUCCUGAUGAGAGCUUCUUCCGCUGGUUGGCCACAGCGUAUGCCAGCACCAAUCAGGUGAUGUCCAACCCAGACCGGCGGCCCUGCCACAACAAGGACUUCCUCAGAUACAACAACAUCAUCAAUGGAGCCGACUGGCACAACGUACCAGGAAGUAUGAAUGAUUUCAGUUACCUGCAUACCAACUGCUUCGAGAUAACGGUGGAGUUGUCCUGUGAUAAAUUUCCUCAUGCCAUCGAGCUUCCUAUCGAGUGGGAGAACAACAGAGAGUCUCUGCUGAUUUACAUGGAGCAGGUCCACCGAGGAAUUAAAGGCGUGGUUCGGGAUAAAGACACAGAAGCUGGUAUCCCUGAUGCCAUCAUCAAGGUUGAUGAUAUUGAUCAUCAUAUCAGAUCAGUGACUGAUGGUGACUACUGGCGUCUGCUGAACCCUGGUGAGUACCGGGUAACGGCCAGCGCACAGGGCUACUUCCCCUCCUCCCGUACCUGCCACGUCAGGUACGACCACUACCCAACCAUCUGUGACUUCCGCCUCACCAAGGUGCCCAAGCAGAGGCUAAAAGACAUUUUGGCAAAGGGGGGGAAACUCCCCAAAGACCUGCAGCUCCGACUGCGCCAGCUACGCCUCCGUAAACUCCGUGUCACCACCAAGGCCCUCAACCAGAGGCGUGCUGCUGCUGCUGCCAGAGAAGCAAAGAGGGUGUGAUGAUGAUGAUGAUGAUGAUGAUGAUGAUGAUGAUGAUGAUGAUGAUGAUGAUGAUGAUGAUGAUGAUAAUGAUGAUGGAGGAUAAUCUGAGAACAAAGCAGGACUUAGUUCAGUUCACGCUGGAUUCAGAGACAGCUCUUCUUCACUGGAGUUCAAUGUCAUUUUUUUCUUUUUUUAAAGCUGUUAUUUAACCGGGACAAGACAGCUGGGCACCAUGUGUGUUUUCAGCAUCACAUUGUUUUUACACCUGUAAACACAUCUGAGUUAUGAACAGUUUCAUCCUCUGCUGUGGAGCAGCAGAGCGACUGAGGAAGCAGCUUACGGUUGCUGUUAAAGGACGGCAAAUUUUCUUUAAUUGUCUUAUUGUCGACAAAUCUCAUGUGAAGAGCCAAACGAACAAUGAAUUUAAUCUUCUUACAAGUAUUGUGUGUUAAUCCAAAGCCUGAUAUGUUAUUCCUCUGUGUGGCAUAUCUCCAUUUUUGUCCAAAAAAUA